AUGUUGAAGUUGUGGCUCGGGCUCGCGCUAACGGCUGAUUCAUCGGCUUUAUUCAGGGAUCGUAAUAGUUUUGGGAUGAAUCUAAAAAGACCAUCGGAGCUCUACAAACACCUAAGAGUUUCCAAGAGACAUAUCCUGGGAAAAUCCCAUGAUGACGUCGUUACAUCACUCCCAAAAGACAAUGAUGCCCCAGAGCUAGAGUCACGACUUCAAUUCCAUAAACAAUUUAUGAUCGGAGCGCAAAAUAACAGAGUAGGGUUAGGAUCAAGUAGGAAAGUCCAAGAUACGGAUAUAUUAAAGUCUUUUAUUCGGCAAGACGAGAACGAUAAAUACAAGAUCCAUGCAAUGAGUUUAGAAAUGCAGAACGAGUGGUUAGACAUGGGAGAUUUUUGCAUUCCACUAGCACUAAAAUGGCGCACCCUAAUUCAUGACUGGUCGCCAGCCUUGCUAAAAUUUUAUCUCAAUGCGUUCCAGAUGACUCUCCCAGAUCAGAGUAAUUUAGUAAGAUGGGGUAAAGGUACCGAAAAAACUUGCUAUAUCUGCGGAAAGGCAGUUGGAACUGCCAAGCAUUUGCUGGUGGGAUGUAAGGUUCUCCUGGACAGCGGUCAAUACUCGCGUCGUCACGAUAGGGUUUUAGAGAUCAUACGUGAAGCGGUUAGUCUUUCGGUAGCCAGAGCGCAAAGGGAAAUAACCACAAACGAGCGAUCAAUAGGUUUUGUGAGAGAGGGCACCAGGGCUAUAAAAUCAAGCGUCAAGCCUUACUCUAUCCUUAAAGCGGCUUCGGAUUGGACUAUCAUGAUGGAUACGUAUGAGAAACAAUACAAAAUCCCCGAGGAUAUUUGUGCGUCGGCCUCCAGACCAGACAUAUUUCUAUAUUCGCGUAUUUUAAAGCGCGUUGUGAUGAUAGAGCUUACGGUGCCUUGGGAAACCAACAUCCCCAAAGACCAUGCCAUCAAGGUCAAUAAGUAUUACGAGCUCACUAACGAACUAACUCGAAAUAGGUUCGUCGUUGAUUUGUACGCGGUAGAGGUGGGAGCGAGAGGUAUAACAGCUAAAUCUCUCUAUAACCUACUAAAAGACUUGGGCCUGUCCAGAACUAACAUUAAUUCAUUCUUAGAACGUACGUCGAAGGCAGCCCUAGUAGGUUCUUUUCAAAUUUGGUUAGGUAGGGAGAGGAACUUGGACAGUGGAGUCCGAGAGGGGGGGCGGAAGAUCUGUCCACCGGUCGAUUUAAACGGCGAAAACGGCGCGAAUACGGACUUGAAAUGCCCUACGUGCGGGAAAAAUUACAAGAGACGAGCCUGGUACAUUAAACACCUAAAAACACAUAAUGGUGUUGAAGCACGACAAUCGUUGGUAAGUUCUUCAAUUAUCACUUCGGAUAGAGUUGACCCUCACGUAUCCCAUGGUGAACCAUUAACUGGAAACCACCAGGAGUCCAUUAACAUCCGGACACGUCUUAGCAUUCCUAACAUGAAACAAUCGACUUGGAAAGUUCACGACGACAAUUUAGCGGUCCUGUUAGAGCAUCCGGGCUCGAAGCAGGAAUUGAACUCGCAGGUAGAAACUUUCCAAAAUACCGUUUAUGACUACUUCAACGAGCAAUAUCCACCACGUAAUCAUUACGCUCGCAAAAAUAAAGAAAAUUCGUUCAAGAUAAAAAUGAGGAAGAAAAAACGGGAAUUAAUAAAAAAUCUACGUAUAGCCAAAGCUCUAGGCGACAACCACCUUAGUCAUCAGCUAGCUAGGGCAUUAAGAUCAAUCCUUAAAUUAAUUCAAGGAAUAUCGGCACAAACUGCAGAAUAUCGCGGUAAUUUUGACCGGGCCAAACAGGAAGUAGAUUUUGAUAAAAACCCUUUUGAGUAUUCGAAAACCAUUUUUAAGAAAGAACGCGGACAGCUUCUCUUGACCAACGAUCAAAUUUACGACCAUUUCAAGAGUACAUACGAAGUGCCUAAAAGUGUAAGGCUCUAUACGGAUCCAAACGAACAAAAACCGGAAAUUCCUCAUAUCGAUUUUCACGGCAUACCACCAACGUUAGACGAAAUAAGUAGUCACAUAAAGAGGAAAUCAUCUAAAUCUGCACCGGGCCCCGAUGGUAUCCCAUAUAUAGUCUUUAAAAAAUGUCCAUCGGUUCGUAAACACCUCCUAAAUAUAUACGGCAAAAUCUGGUCAAGGAAGCAAAUCCCGGAGUGUUUCGGGAAAGCAAUUUUUGUCCUCAUUCCCAAAAAAGAUCGAGUUACCGAUCCGAAGGAUACUAGACCGAUAGCCUUAACAAAUACAAUAUCUAAAAUCUUUUUCUCGGUCCUACAAACGAGAAUGACGCGAUUCAUGCUCAGCAACAAGUAUUUUAGGCCAAAUCACCAGAAAGGGUUUCUACCCGGGAUUUCUGGAUGCCUAGAACACAAUACCUUGCUGUCGGAGAGUUUGAAAGAUGCUAGAAAAAGCGAGCGGCAAAUUACAGUUUGUUGGAUAGACUUAGAGAACGCGUUCGGGUCGAUACAACACGAGUUGAUGCUAUUCGCGCUUAGAUGGUAUAACUUUCCACCCUUAGUUAGCGAUAUGAUUGCGUCGUAUUACUCAAAAUUAAAGUUUUCUAUUAUAACUAAAGAAGGCCCUUCAAAAAGUUUGAGUUACAAUGUAGGACUAUUUCAAGGGUGCUGUUUAUCUCCAAUAGUAUUUAAUAUUAUAAUCAAUAUCCUAGUAGAUAAACUUAUCAGCAAUGAGAAAAAAUGGGGGUAUCGGUUUAAGUUCAAUAACAAAUACACGGAAUCCAUUUUAGCCUUCGCUGACGAUCUCGCAAUACUGACACGUCUCCCCAAACACUGUCAAGUACUAUUGGAUGAAGUGGAUAAAUUCUGUGAGUGGACGGAUGGAUUGAGGACAAAACCAAGUAAAUGUCACUGUCUGUGUCUUGGUAGGCGGAAUACAAGAUACACCUCAUACGAUCCGGGACUAUCGAUAGGCGGUCAAUGCGUUUCUACGGUUACGGAAAAUGCACCAUUCAAGUUUCUCGGUCGUAAGAUUGAUAAUAUAGGUCGUACUCCAUCUUUAGAAGGAAUAGUAGAUAGCUUUUUAAAUGAUCUCAACAAGGUAGAUAGCCAGCAGAUCAGUAACGUAAAAAAAGCAUGGAUCUACGAUAAUUACUUAACUUCACGUUUGAAUUGGCCUUUCCUCGUCUAUGAUUUUAGUAAAACCCUUUUAUCUAAAUUAGAUGCAGGCGUCAUAAAGAUGUUGAAGUUGUGGCUCGGGCUCGCGCUAACGGCUGAUUCAUCGGCUUUAUUCAGGGAUCGUAAUAGUUUUGGGAUGAAUCUAAAAAGACCAUCGGAGCUCUACAAACACCUAAGAGUUUCCAAGAGACAUAUCCUGGGAAAAUCCCAUGAUGACGUCGUUACAUCACUCCCAAAAGACAAUGAUGCCCCAGAGCUAGAGUCACGACUUCAAUUCCAUAAACAAUUUAUGAUCGGAGCGCAAAAUAACAGAGUAGGGUUAGGAUCAAGUAGGAAAGUCCAAGAUACGGAUAUAUUAAAGUCUUUUAUUCGGCAAGACGAGAACGAUAAAUACAAGAUCCAUGCAAUGAGUUUAGAAAUGCAGAACGAGUGGUUAGACAUGGGAGAUUUUUGCAUUCCACUAGCACUAAAAUGGCGCACCCUAAUUCAUGACUGGUCGCCAGCCUUGCUAAAAUUUUAUCUCAAUGCGUUCCAGAUGACUCUCCCAGAUCAGAGUAAUUUAGUAAGAUGGGGUAAAGGUACCGAAAAAACUUGCUAUAUCUGCGGAAAGGCAGUUGGAACUGCCAAGCAUUUGCUGGUGGGAUGUAAGGUUCUCCUGGACAGCGGUCAAUACUCGCGUCGUCACGAUAGGGUUUUAGAGAUCAUACGUGAAGCGGUUAGUCUUUCGGUAGCCAGAGCGCAAAGGGAAAUAACCACAAACGAGCGAUCAAUAGGUUUUGUGAGAGAGGGCACCAGGGCUAUAAAAUCAAGCGUCAAGCCUUACUCUAUCCUUAAAGCGGCUUCGGAUUGGACUAUCAUGAUGGAUACGUAUGAGAAACAAUACAAAAUCCCCGAGGAUAUUUGUGCGUCGGCCUCCAGACCAGACAUAUUUCUAUAUUCGCGUAUUUUAAAGCGCGUUGUGAUGAUAGAGCUUACGGUGCCUUGGGAAACCAACAUCCCCAAAGACCAUGCCAUCAAGGUCAAUAAGUAUUACGAGCUCACUAACGAACUAACUCGAAAUAGGUUCGUCGUUGAUUUGUACGCGGUAGAGGUGGGAGCGAGAGGUAUAACAGCUAAAUCUCUCUAUAACCUACUAAAAGACUUGGGCCUGUCCAGAACUAACAUUAAUUCAUUCUUAGAACGUACGUCGAAGGCAGCCCUAGUAGGUUCUUUUCAAAUUUGGUUAGGUAGGGAGAGGAACUUGGACAGUGGAGUCCGAGAGGGGGGGCGGAAGAUCUGUCCACCGGUCGAUUUAAACGGCGAAAACGGCGCGAAUACGGACUUGAAAUGCCCUACGUGCGGGAAAAAUUACAAGAGACGAGCCUGGUACAUUAAACACCUAAAAACACAUAAUGGUGUUGAAGCACGACAAUCGUUGGUAAGUUCUUCAAUUAUCACUUCGGAUAGAGUUGACCCUCACGUAUCCCAUGGUGAACCAUUAACUGGAAACCACCAGGAGUCCAUUAACAUCCGGACACGUCUUAGCAUUCCUAACAUGAAACAAUCGACUUGGAAAGUUCACGACGACAAUUUAGCGGUCCUGUUAGAGCAUCCGGGCUCGAAGCAGGAAUUGAACUCGCAGGUAGAAACUUUCCAAAAUACCGUUUAUGACUACUUCAACGAGCAAUAUCCACCACGUAAUCAUUACGCUCGCAAAAAUAAAGAAAAUUCGUUCAAGAUAAAAAUGAGGAAGAAAAAACGGGAAUUAAUAAAAAAUCUACGUAUAGCCAAAGCUCUAGGCGACAACCACCUUAGUCAUCAGCUAGCUAGGGCAUUAAGAUCAAUCCUUAAAUUAAUUCAAGGAAUAUCGGCACAAACUGCAGAAUAUCGCGGUAAUUUUGACCGGGCCAAACAGGAAGUAGAUUUUGAUAAAAACCCUUUUGAGUAUUCGAAAACCAUUUUUAAGAAAGAACGCGGACAGCUUCUCUUGACCAACGAUCAAAUUUACGACCAUUUCAAGAGUACAUACGAAGUGCCUAAAAGUGUAAGGCUCUAUACGGAUCCAAACGAACAAAAACCGGAAAUUCCUCAUAUCGAUUUUCACGGCAUACCACCAACGUUAGACGAAAUAAGUAGUCACAUAAAGAGGAAAUCAUCUAAAUCUGCACCGGGCCCCGAUGGUAUCCCAUAUAUAGUCUUUAAAAAAUGUCCAUCGGUUCGUAAACACCUCCUAAAUAUAUACGGCAAAAUCUGGUCAAGGAAGCAAAUCCCGGAGUGUUUCGGGAAAGCAAUUUUUGUCCUCAUUCCCAAAAAAGAUCGAGUUACCGAUCCGAAGGAUACUAGACCGAUAGCCUUAACAAAUACAAUAUCUAAAAUCUUUUUCUCGGUCCUACAAACGAGAAUGACGCGAUUCAUGCUCAGCAACAAGUAUUUUAGGCCAAAUCACCAGAAAGGGUUUCUACCCGGGAUUUCUGGAUGCCUAGAACACAAUACCUUGCUGUCGGAGAGUUUGAAAGAUGCUAGAAAAAGCGAGCGGCAAAUUACAGUUUGUUGGAUAGACUUAGAGAACGCGUUCGGGUCGAUACAACACGAGUUGAUGCUAUUCGCGCUUAGAUGGUAUAACUUUCCACCCUUAGUUAGCGAUAUGAUUGCGUCGUAUUACUCAAAAUUAAAGUUUUCUAUUAUAACUAAAGAAGGCCCUUCAAAAAGUUUGAGUUACAAUGUAGGACUAUUUCAAGGGUGCUGUUUAUCUCCAAUAGUAUUUAAUAUUAUAAUCAAUAUCCUAGUAGAUAAACUUAUCAGCAAUGAGAAAAAAUGGGGGUAUCGGUUUAAGUUCAAUAACAAAUACACGGAAUCCAUUUUAGCCUUCGCUGACGAUCUCGCAAUACUGACACGUCUCCCCAAACACUGUCAAGUACUAUUGGAUGAAGUGGAUAAAUUCUGUGAGUGGACGGAUGGAUUGAGGACAAAACCAAGUAAAUGUCACUGUCUGUGUCUUGGUAGGCGGAAUACAAGAUACACCUCAUACGAUCCGGGACUAUCGAUAGGCGGUCAAUGCGUUUCUACGGUUACGGAAAAUGCACCAUUCAAGUUUCUCGGUCGUAAGAUUGAUAAUAUAGGUCGUACUCCAUCUUUAGAAGGAAUAGUAGAUAGCUUUUUAAAUGAUCUCAACAAGGUAGAUAGCCAGCAGAUCAGUAACGUAAAAAAAGCAUGGAUCUACGAUAAUUACUUAACUUCACGUUUGAAUUGGCCUUUCCUCGUCUAUGAUUUUAGUAAAACCCUUUUAUCUAAAUUAGAUGCAGGCGUCAUAAAGAUGUUGAAGUUGUGGCUCGGGCUCGCGCUAACGGCUGAUUCAUCGGCUUUAUUCAGGGAUCGUAAUAGUUUUGGGAUGAAUCUAAAAAGACCAUCGGAGCUCUACAAACACCUAAGAGUUUCCAAGAGACAUAUCCUGGGAAAAUCCCAUGAUGACGUCGUUACAUCACUCCCAAAAGACAAUGAUGCCCCAGAGCUAGAGUCACGACUUCAAUUCCAUAAACAAUUUAUGAUCGGAGCGCAAAAUAACAGAGUAGGGUUAGGAUCAAGUAGGAAAGUCCAAGAUACGGAUAUAUUAAAGUCUUUUAUUCGGCAAGACGAGAACGAUAAAUACAAGAUCCAUGCAAUGAGUUUAGAAAUGCAGAACGAGUGGUUAGACAUGGGAGAUUUUUGCAUUCCACUAGCACUAAAAUGGCGCACCCUAAUUCAUGACUGGUCGCCAGCCUUGCUAAAAUUUUAUCUCAAUGCGUUCCAGAUGACUCUCCCAGAUCAGAGUAAUUUAGUAAGAUGGGGUAAAGGUACCGAAAAAACUUGCUAUAUCUGCGGAAAGGCAGUUGGAACUGCCAAGCAUUUGCUGGUGGGAUGUAAGGUUCUCCUGGACAGCGGUCAAUACUCGCGUCGUCACGAUAGGGUUUUAGAGAUCAUACGUUUUGUGAGAGAGGGCACCAGGGCUAUAAAAUCAAGCGUCAAGCCUUACUCUAUCCUUAAAGCGGCUUCGGAUUGGACUAUCAUGAUGGAUACGUAUGAGAAACAAUACAAAAUCCCCGAGGAUAUUUGUGCGUCGGCCUCCAGACCAGACAUAUUUCUAUAUUCGCGUAUUUUAAAGCGCGUUGUGAUGAUAGAGCUUACGGUGCCUUGGGAAACCAACAUCCCCAAAGACCAUGCCAUCAAGGUCAAUAAGUAUUACGAGCUCACUAACGAACUAACUCGAAAUAGGUUCGUCGUUGAUUUGUACGCGGUAGAGGUGGGAGCGAGAGGUAUAACAGCUAAAUCUCUCUAUAACCUACUAAAAGACUUGGGCCUGUCCAGAACUAACAUUAAUUCAUUCUUAGAACGUACGUCGAAGGCAGCCCUAGUAGGUUCUUUUCAAAUUUGGUUAGGUAGGGAGAGGAACUUGGACAGUGGAGGUGAGCGUAUAACGCGCGUUAGUUAA